AUGCCUGGUGAUGACGAGAGGGUAUUGGGAGAUCAAAGGCGACAGGUCAUUCGCCAGUUCCUGGGAAAACAACAAUAUCAGGAUGGAUCAGACACCUUAACCACGCCACGCCGACACCUUAUUAGAAUGGCCGCGUGGUGUGGUGAUCAGAGGAAAACGGGAUUGUACACAGAGAGAACACCUCCAGAGGGCCAAAGGAAACGCAAACGCACCAUUUUCAGCCGUGCGCAAUUAUCAGCGCUGGAGCGCACGUUUUUGGUGACACCCUACCCAGACAUCAAUUUACGCGAGAGAUUGGCGGCGACAACGUCACUUCCAGAAAGCAAAAUUCAGGUCUGGUUUCAAAACAGACGUGCCAGAAGUAUGAAGAGUGGAAGACUAAGUAAGAGUGUUCAGAGGGUUCGAGAAGAAAACCCCAAACAGUUUUUCCAGGCACCAGUUGACCAUCCCCAUCCAGACUCCAGUGUUAAACCAUCUGGAAUACCACCACUUUGGAUACCGCAGGGUCAGCACUGUGUCUCACUGGGACCGCAGAAUUCCACACUGGACUGGCUCAAGCAGAACACCAGGUCUUGGUCCCAAUGUCCUCCCCAGCCAACCACCCCACUUCCACCAUCAGUCUCACCUGAUCUGCCUGAAGCCUCGUCGUGGAUGUCAUGUCAAUUGCAGCACUUUGAAACCUCCCCAAAGGUCAGACCUAUAAAACAGAAAGAUUGCUACUUAGCGCAGGCAAACGCAAGGAGUCAGGAAAUCAUCAUAGACUCAUUACAAGAAUUUUGGUUGCCUGAAACAAAUCUCCAUGGUGCAGAGACUGGUAAUCAGGGCAACACGUCUUUGUACGAGAUGUGCCGUAUUGAGUCACAAGUUUGCUGGGAGGGCAGUUGUGAAUUGCAGCAUCAGACAGUUGCAAACCCACAGACAUCCCUUGGAGACAUUUCUGACAUUAUUUACAGUGCGGCAGUGGUAACAAACCUGGUGGAUUAAUGCAGCCGAAAUGUUUGAGAGUCUUAUGAACUUGUUGUGUAGACCUAAAGCUCAUCAAACUCUAGUCUUUGUGGUUCCAGGAUGCAUUUCCUUUUUGUCCUUGUAAAAUGUAGUGGUCAACUUUGUUCAUGCUAUUUUCUUCAUUUAUUUGUAUCAUGUAUUUAUUUUGUCUCUUGUACUGAAGAUGAAAAUGUAACAACUUUCAGAUGAUAACACAUUUAUUUUUAAAGUAGCCUAAAGCGCUCAAUUGGAUACAUAAAACAAUGUGUUUAUCUGUUUGCUGUUGCAAAUGUCCAUUGUUUGUUUAUUUAUCAAUGACUGUCAUAUUCAUAUCAUUCAUAUCAUGUUAAGAUUUUUUACAAGUAGUCACUAGAAGGAGUGAGGAGUGUUGGAAAUAGUUGUAUCUUAAAAUAUGUAUCAUUUCCUAAACAUGUUUUGUGGAUGGGUAAAGUUCAUAAAUAAUACUCAAAAGAUGUAAUAAAACCAAUGAUCAAUCACCUUAUCAAACCGAUAUCCUGUGGAAUUAUUGUGUAUCACUGUGUUAAAUUUGAUUUGUGUUGUUAUUGUAUGACAGACCGCACAGCCCCUCUGGCUUGACCCAGUGGACAGUGAUCACAGUAUCAUAAUCUCUGGAGUCUGGAGACAAAUCGUCUUAAAAAAAAUAAUAAAACAGUCUAUAAUCUGGGUGUUAAAUCCAAAAUCUGAGUAAGUUUGCGUGUG